AUGCCGUCCGUAGACGUCCUCAAGAUGGACGACGUGCCCCUGAGGGAGCCGUCGGCGCAGCACGCCGGUGGAGCGGUGGAGCUGCCGUCGACGGCUGGGGCCGCGGGGGCCGCGAAGAGGACACCGUACCCAGAUGCCCUGAGGGCGCAGGUGGAGUCCGCCAGGACCAGCGGCUGCCCGCAGGCGGGCGGCCCGGGCGAGGCACCCGCGGCCGCGUCCUCGCCAAGGCACAAGGUGAGGCAGCCCGGGGCCAGGCAGCUGGACGUGCGCGGCUCCAUGGGGUCCUUUCUCUCGCACGAUGACGAGGUCAUGGACCUCGCAUUCAAUCCAGCUGGGACCCAGCUGCUGGCGGGCGGGGAGGACUGCGCUGUGGUGCUCUGGGACGUGUCGGGCGGGACCGAGGUCUUCAAGGCGAAGCCCGAGGCCCCAGUCAAAGCUGUGGCCUUUUCGCCCAGUGGCUGUUAUGUCGCCGCCGUCGACGCCAACUCUGUCGUCACCGUUUGGAGGGCGAGCGACGGCGAGGAGGUUGGGAGAGCCGAAGUGGAGGGUGACGUGUUCUCGCUGGCCAUGUCCGCCGGCAGCAGGGAGGUGCUGGCAGUCGGGACCACCGAGAAGACAGUCACGCUGUUCUCGGUCCCUGGCAUGGACAGCAUCACCGAGCUGGCGCACGACGGCCAGGCAAGAAGCCUCACCUUUUCGCCAGACGGCACCAUGCUCGCCGGCGGGGGCGGGAUCGACAUCAUGCACGGCCUGAUGACCAAGAAAAACAAGGACAAAAAGAUGAAGACCGUGAUCUGGCAGUUCGCCGCAGAUGGCAGCAGCGCCAAUCAAGUGACCGACCUGGAGUUCGAUGACAUCGUCCACGCGACGGUGUUCGCCCCAAGUGGGAAAUUGUUGGCCGUUGGUGGCGAGAAUUGCGAGGUGACCGUGCUGCUCGUGGACCGCGGUUUCGAGCGUGCCACGAAACUGCCGUGCGCCGCCGGCGUGAGGUGCCUGGCGUGGUCGCCCGACAAUCGCUUCCUGGCCUCGGGCGGUGAGGACAUGCAGAUAUCAAUUUGGGAUGUCAUCGACGAGGUGCUGGCGCUGCAGCUGCCGAAGGCCAAGGACUGGUACUGCAGCCUCGCCUUUUCCACCGACGGGCUCUGGCUGGCCAGCUGCGGCUUCGGCUCCCGCGAGGUGCUCCUGCACCCAGUGACGACGAGCGAGGAGCGCCCCAUCUCCCGGUCUUCCUCUAGGGCGCCGUCGGAGGCGGACGAGGCCGAGGCCCCAGGCAUCGACGGCGACGAGGACGAGGACGCGCACGAGGGCGCCGAUCAGGCGCCGAGGAGGCUCAGCACGGGGUCGGCGGCCCCGCAGACCCUGGCGGUCAGCAUGUCAGUGCCGGCCUUCGUGGAGAUGGGCGACCAGGUCCAGGGCUUCCUGCUGAAGGUGGAGCACGUGGGGUCCGGCGACGACCGGCGGCCCCAGGGGCGCGACGCGCGGUCGGACAAAGCGCUGAUGCUCGGGGUGCCGCUUGGCGAGACGAGGCCCGCGCUCUCCACGUCGAGGCAGGCCGUGGAGCUGAAGCACACGGACGAGGUCAUGGGUCUCUCGUUCAGCCCAGACGGCCGUUUCGUGGCCACGGGGGGCGAGGACGCCAGCCUGGUCAUCUGGGACGCCGCAGACGGCUCGAAGGCCGCGGGAGCGAGGCUCGGUGAUCCAAUCUCUUCUCUGGCAUACUCCCCGAGCGGUCUCUACGUGGCGGUUGCGACCACGGGGUCCAACGUGGUCCUCUGGGGCACGGCCGAAAAGGGCGAGGUCGGCAGCAAGGAGUUCGAUGCCCCCGUGCUGUCCGUGGCGAUUGGGAAGAGCGAGCUCCUGGCCGUUGGCACCGCGGACAAGGGGGUGUCGCUACUGUCCCUCCCGGACAUGCAGGAGAUUGCGUGCCUCCAACACGAAGGUCACGUGCGCUGCCUGUCCUUCUCGCCCUGCGGCGGCAUGCUUACCGGUGGGGGAGGCAUCGACGACAUGCACGGCCUCAUGACGAACAAGUCGCAGCGAAACGACAUGAAAAUUGUGGUCUGGCGCGUGGCCGCUGCUGGACAGGACUGCAACUACAUGGGUUCGAUUUUGUUUCCCGACAUCGUACAUGCGGCGGCCUUCUCUCCCACAGGGACCCUGCUCGCUGUAGGCGGCGAGGACAGCGUGGUGAGCAUUCUGUUGGUCGACCGGGAUUUCGAAAGCGUAUCCCAAUUCGCGUGCGUUGCCGGUGUGCGUUGCUUGGGCUGGUCUCCAGAUUCGCGUUUCCUAGCGAGCGGCGGCGAGGACAUGCAGGUCACGAUCUGGGACGUUCUCUCCGAGCAGAUGGUGCUUCAGACGCCCAAGGCGACGGAUUGGCUCUGCUGUGUGCGCUUCAGCCCCGACGGCCGCUGGCUGGCCUCUUGCGGCUUCGGGCACAACGAGGCGACUUUGCACCCCGUCGAGGUCGCCAACAGCGCGCGCGUCGACUGCCGCGUCCAGGACCCGGACCACAUGCGCGCGCAGAUCGAGGACAUCCAGAUGGCGCUGGCUGUCUGUGAGCUCGAGAACUGGGCGCGGCGCAAGACCUUCCCGGCAGGCCUCGGCGACCUUCCCGGCAGGACGCGGUGCAUCAUCGCCAACUGGCGCGGCCCAUUGGACGAACUGCGCGAGGCCACCCUCGAGACCGGCGGCGUUUGGGCGUCGCCGGCGCACCGGGCGCCCCAGCCGCCGGCCACGCGCAUUGCGGAGGACCUCACGAAGCAGUUGAGGGCCACGAUCGAGGCCAUCUUCCUUGCACCAAUGCUGCGCCGCGACGGGAUGCUCAAGGCCCGCGGCACGACCCUCGUCAUCGCACCGGCCGCCCUCUACCAGGCGGCUGAGCUGGUCGACAAGCGCGGGGACGACUGCGGCCUGCGCUCGCUCGUCAUGGACGCUCUGGUCGAGGCCAGGAGGAGGAGGAGGAGGGCGAGCCCCUCGCCCAAGCGCACGGGCUCGGGGAGGUGGUCUUCCUGCUCGGGAGGUCGCCUGGCGUCGCGACGAGGGACAGGGACUUCGAGAAGGAGUUCCAGGAUCGCCUGCUCCUGGAGAACGUCGCCAUCCACAAGCUGUGAGCGCCCGCGGCUGGCAGACCCCCGCCCCCGCGCCUUCUCUCGAGGCGGGCAUGUAUGCACAACCGCCGCCGGGAGGAUGGAUCACCGCGGACGUCCACGGGCGGCGGAUAUGGAUACACUUUGGCCCCCGGGAGCCAGAAUAUUAUCCACCUCCACCGCCCACUGA